UCGGCGGAAUUGAUAAUCCUUUAGUUUAUUACGUUCCCCAGCUCACGCAAGGUCAAGGGAUGUCAAAUGCAAAAUGGCAGGAACCCAUUUCUCUCACUCUUCGUCUCUCCUCAAGACUUCCGCGGAUCCAAAUCCGAGUUCAACGGGUGCUGAGCGACAUGGCUUCGGGCGAAAGCACUACGGGGGCCGAAAUGCAUCUGCUCUGCGCCAAUACGGCCCGGCUCGUGUUCUGCGACAGCUGCUACUUUUUUUGGCCUGGCCCCCCAGCUCUCACGACCACACGAUCGUACCUGCAUCUAGAUUGCUCCUUUCAUUUCUCGACUUUCAGCCCUUCAACGCUUUCUUUAGCCUCGCUUUCUUCGUAUCACCUCAAGUCACCCCAUUGCGGCCCGGGAAUUAUCUCUCUAGCCUCGCGAGAUCUCGAGCCGCUUUCGGCUAUGCGUACAAUAUAUCUCGAAAUCCAUCAGGAGAUGAAGGCAAAUACCACCGCACAAGCACCCACGCUCGUCGUUCAGCUCGCGUUCGCUAUCCUUUCCUCCUCUCAAGCCUUUAGCAAUUCCCUACCAUUGAAAAGGCGUGGACCUUUUCAUAUCAAUAUCCAUGGACGGUUCCCGUCGAUCAUCUGAUACAAAGUAUUCUAGGCGCACGUUUGAGCCCCGCCUUGGCGCAGUGCUUGGCUCGGCUCUUCUGUAAGUCAACUGGAGCACUGCCUACCAUUUGGACAUGGAUCCCAAGGAAACAGCUAUGCCAAGUCCGAUACACGAUCUUCUUUUCGCUUUCAUGCCCUUUCUGAUCCACCUUCUCCGCACACUCGGUAGCUUUAGUA